CACACCAAACUGUAUUCAAUAUAUAUAGGGAAGUUAGACAUUGAGUAAGAACACAAAAUUUUGUUCUAUUCUAUGCUUAUAUGAUAUUAUAUUUUUCUUAUUAUAUAUAAUACGAAAUAUACGUUCUUUUUAUUUUUUAUUAAAAAACUUUUUAAAAAAAAAAAAUUGCUUUUAAACUACAAAAUUACAAAACCCUUUUUUCUUAAUGAUGUUGUUGUGUUGCCGACCCCUCAUCUCAUGGAAUCAAAAGUUACACAUAUUAAUUCAACACUUCUACCAGAAUUGAUAGGAGAUAUUCCGGAGAUUUCUAAACAACUUUAUUUUUUGUUAUUAAAAUUACUUUUGAAUUUUGAUUUUCUUUUUAAAUAUAAAAAGAAAAAAGAUAGAAACGUGAGUACUUCUUUCAUAUAUACUCAAUUUUAUCUUUUUAUAACUCUUAUAUUCCUCUUCAUAUAUCUUGCAUGUAAAGCUAAACAACACUUAUUAAAUUGUAAAAAAUUUAAUAAGUUUGUUAUAUUGUUACACAUAAACAUACCCUAAUUUUGAUUAUUUUAUCAAUAUUUUAGUUACAUAGUUUUUUUAGAGCAUUAAUGCGAGAAGAAAGAAAUAUGGAUGCGGAAGAAGUACAAGUGAAUGAUUUAGAAGCUCAACAAAAGAAGACAAUGGAAUUUGAUCGAACCAAAAUUCAGAAAAAGGCUAAGCAACCCGUUACAUUGAAGUUUAAGGAUGUGGUAUACAAGGUGAAAUUUCAAAUACCGAGCAAUAAAAAGGUUAAAAACACUGCAGAUUCACCAUUACGAGAGCGGAUCAUCCUAAAUGGGAUAUCGGGUAUGGUAAAGCCCGGCGAAAUGCUAGCAAUGCUCGGUCCAUCAGGAAGUGGUAAAACAACCCUUUUAACGGCCUUAGGUGGCCGACUAGGCGGCCACCUUACAGGAACCAUAACAUACAACGGGAAACCAUUCUCGAACCAAAUGAAACGUAACACCGGUUUUGUAACACAAGAUGAUGUGCUCUAUGCUCAUUUAACCGUGACGGAAACUCUAGUAUACACUGCAUUAUUAAGACUACCAAACACAUUUACCAAAGAACAAAAGAUUGGUGUAGCUGAGGAUGUUAUACUCCAAAUGGGCCUAACUAGGUGCAAAAAUAGCAUUAUUGGGGGCCCAUUUAUGAGGGGUAUAUCUGGUGGUGAGAGGAAGAGGGUUAGUAUUGGGCAAGAGAUGUUGAUUGACCCGAGCCUUUUGUUCCUCGACGAGCCCACAUCGGGUUUGGACUCAACCACGGCCCAACGAAUCGUGUCGACGUUGUGGGACCUAGCACAAGGAGGGAGGACAGUUGUGAUGACUAUACAUCAACCUUCAAGUAGGUUGUUCUAUAUGUUUCAUAAGGUCUUAUUGUUGUCUGAAGGUAACUCUUUGUAUUAUGGUAGUGGUUCUGAUGUUAUGGACUACUUUCAAAGUGUUGGGUACGUGCCCAAAGUUCCGAUGAAUCCGGCUGAUUUUCUCCUAGACCUUGCAAAUGGGGUGUCCCCGGAUGAGUCAGAAGAUCAAGUGACGGUGAAAGAAAGACUAAUUAUGGCAUCCAAGAACCAUAUAGCAACCAAAUUGAAAGCAGAAUUGCAAGAAGAAGACGGUGUGGUUGCUGAUCAUAAUAAGAAUGAGUCUAAUACGAAUGUUGGGAAGUGGCCAACUACUUGGUGGCAACAAUUUAUCGUACUUCUUCAAAGGGGUAUGAAAGAGCGAAAGCACGAAUUUUUCGAUGUUCUUAAGAUCACACAAGUCAUUGUUGUAGCUUUCCUAGUAGGACUUUUAUGGUGGCAGUCCAAGAUCACUCACUUACAGGACCAGACUGGACUGCUAUAUUUCUCAACCGGAUUUUGGGGUUUCUUCCCAUUAUUUCAAUCCAUCUUUGCAUUCCCGCCAGAACGUAUGGUACUCGCAAAGGAACGAUCAUCAGGAAUGUACAGACUAUCAUCCUACUUCAUAGCGCGAAUGGUUAGUGAUCUACCAAUGGAGCUAAUACUACCCACAAUAUACAUUGCCAUAACUUAUUUUAUGGGUGGACUAAAGUAUAAGGCCACAUGUUUCCUCUACUAUUUGUUCUCUCUUCUCUUAAGCAUCAUGGUUUCGCAAGGCCUAGGCCUUGCGCUAGGUGCACUUGUCAUGGACCUUAAGGCCGCGACAACCUUAGGGUCAGUGCUCAUGCUCACAUUCCUCCUAGCAGGCGGGUUCUACGUUCAAAACAUCCCUGCCUUUAUUAAAUGGAUUAGGUACUUAUCGAUUAUGAACUAUAACUACAAGUUGUUGCUCGGGUCGCAGUAUAAGCUAGGGGAGACUUACCCCUGUGGUGAAGGUAAAUUGUGCUUGGUGGAAGAUUUUCCUUCUGUUAAAUCAGUAGGACUUAGAGGGCAGCUUGUUUCCGCGGUUGUUUUGGUUGUUAUGUUUGUUGUGUAUAGGGUAAUUGCUUAUGUUGCACUUAUGCGUAUUGGUGUAACGCGAAAAAUUAAGAAAGCCUAAAUAAUGUAUGCUUAGCAAUCUACUAGAGAUUUUGGUAGUAUUUUGAUCUUUA